AUGCCGCCUUCUCAUGCUCAGCCGACAGCGGCUGCAAACGGGACUGCAGCUGGCCUGAACGCCAGGCGUCCUUCCAAGAUCAAGAGGGCCGCUUCCCGCUUCAAGACGCUGUUCAGGAGGAAGAAGAACAACCAGGAGACCGUGCCAGAGCAGAACACGCCGCAGAGGAACAGGACGACUCAGGCGAACGCAAGUGGCGUGGUGGCAAAGCAGGUCGCGGCCCGAGACCAAACGUCGACCGAGGCGGCGGCGAGGAGUAGCCCUGCUCGCCCUGAAGACCCCAGCCCCUCGCUCCCAGCCGAGACGCUGAUCUCCGAGACGCAGGCGAACGGUCUCAUCCAGUUGAAUGUGCGCAUGGAAGCGAGACAGAAACGCAAGCGCUACUACGUCGAUGCGGCCGAAUGCCCGAUCAGCCUCAUCAAGGCCACGUUCGCGGAGGACCUCAACCUCGACGGAGGCGCCCAGGCUCUGACGCUGCGUUUUGACGGCCACCGUCUCCGUGACGACUCGACGCCCGGGCAGUACGACAUGGAGUCUGGUGACCUGAUUGACGCCUUCUACAAGGACAGUUGA